GCCAGACACCCGCCCACCCUCCUUCUGCUCUCGCUCACGUCCAAGUCCAGCAGGUCCUGUCCCGCUCCACGAUGCCAUGGAGACGACCCGCUCGUGUCCUCGACUCGGAUCACAACCCUGUCCCCGGGGUGGCCCAGGUGUACCCGCCGCCCCGGCCUGCACCACCAGGCCAGCCCAGGCCACGCCAGGCAGGGCACCACAGCUGACGCCCACCGGUCCCAGUUCCAUUUGUCCCCUGCUCCCGUCCCGCCAGGGUCCGAUCCAGACGUUGGACUCUCGAGCCUACCAUCUUUUCCGUCGCCAUGAUGCAAAGACACGCCCAUUUCCCACCCGCCGUCUCGUGACCUCGUCCACCCCGGGGACGGCUCCUGGGGCCGUUUCCCAAUGCACCCGCCCGUCCCCAGAACCACUAUAUUGCCUCCCCGUCCGCCAUCCCGUCUCCCGGGCCUCCGUGCUUCAGACGAUCGUCACUUGUCAUCACACUGCUCCGGCUACCGGCCUUCCCGUCGUGUCACUUCUACUGCCAGUCCAUAUAUAUCUAGCCGUCGCCCUUCUCUCCUCCCCCAUAUUGUCAACAUACCCGUCUCGCUCUCUCCUUCUUCUACCCUCGGCCAAACUUCCUUGAGCGACAGUCGAAGCGCAUCAAGUCCAACAGACGCAGCCAAUACCACACCCGGUUCUUCCAAGCGUGCCAGGAUAUCCCAAUAUGCCUUCCGUGGCAAAGCACACUCACACCGAAGCGAGCUUCACAACUCCAUGGCAAGAUCGCCUUGAAGGUAAUGACCACAGAGCCUUUGUCAACAUCCCAUUGGCAGCUUGCUG